AUGUACUCAAGCUCAGGGGACAGUAACGGCUACCACCAAGACAACAAGCAGCAGCAGCAACAACUGCAACACGGGAUGAGUCAAAGAGACCGAGGUAGAAGAGUACGUGCAAAGUCACGUGAUGGGUUUGGUGAGGAACAAAAGGUCACUCCUUGUACGGAGUUUGACAAGGCUUACUUUAACUCUUAUGCUCAUGUUGGUAUCCAUGAGGAGAUGAUUAAGGAUCAUGUACGGACAAACACUUAUAGGGAUGCAAUCUUUCACCAUCAGAGUUUGAUUGAAGGCAAGGUUGUCGUGGAUGUUGGUUGUGGCACUGGAAUUCUUUCUAUAUUUUGUGCUCAGGCUGGUGCGAAACGGGUAUAUGCAGUUGAUGCAAGUGAUAUUGCCGUGCAGGCAAAUGAAGUUGUGAAGGCGAAUAAUUUAUCUGACAAGGUCAUUGUAUUACAUGGACGAGUUGAGGAUGUUGAAAUUGAUGAGGAGGUUGAUGUAAUAAUUUCAGAAUGGAUGGGCUACAUGCUUUUAUAUGAGAGCAUGCUGGGAAGUGUCAUCACUGCCAGAGAUCGGUGGCUAAAGCGUGGAGGCCUUAUCCUUCCAUCAAAUGCAACUUUGUACAUGGCACCUGUCACACAUCCAGACAGAUACCGUGAAAGCAUUGAGUUUUGGCGAAAUGUUUAUGGAAUCGAUAUGUCUGCCAUGUUGCCGUUAGCAAAACAGUGUGCAUUUGAAGAGCCAUCUGUUGAAACAAUAUCAGGUGAAAAUGUGUUGACAUGGCCGCAUGUGGUUAAGCAUGUGGAUUGCUAUACAAUUAGAAUUGAUGACCUAGAAUCUGUUACAACGAGAUACAAAUUCAGGUCAAUGAUGAGAGCUCCAUUUCAUGGGUUUGCGUUUUGGUUCGAUGUUGAAUUUUGUGGUUCUGCAUCUUCUCCCAUCAAUCCUCAAGCACAAGUCUUACCAACUGCACCAUCAAAUAAUCCCUCAGUGGAUGGUAGUCAGAGGAAGAAAAGGACAAAUCCAAAUGAGGCACUUGUGUUGUCCACUGCACCGGAGGACCCUCCAACGCAUUGGCAACAGACUUUGAUAUACUUGUAUGACCCGAUAGAUGUGGAGCAAGAUCAACUCAUUGAAGGCUCGGCAACACUAACACAAAGCAAAGAAAACCGUCGAUUCAUGAAUAUUAACCUUCAAUACUCUUCUGGCGGGCGGUCCUUUGUAAAGGAGUCAGUGAUGAGGCUAU